AUGUCUCAGGUGUUGAAGUUCUACGGGGUGAGCAUCGAGGAGGGCCUCAGCACCGAGCAGGUCGGUCGGCAGCAGGCGAGGUUCGGCAAGAACGUGCUGGACGAGCAGGAGAAGAAGUCGCUUUUUCAGCUGGUCGCGGAGCAAUUCGAGGACACCCUCGUGCGAAUUUUGCUGGUGUCCGCGGCGAUCUCCUUCGUGCUCACCUACUUCGACGCCGAGGCUGCGGGCGAGGGCUGGACUGCGUACGUGGAGCCUUUCGUCAUACUGACGAUUUUGGUUUUGAAUGCCAUCGUUGGGGUCUGGCAGGAGUCCAAUGCCGAAAAGGCGCUCGAUGCCCUGAAGAAGCUGGCCCCAGACGAGGCCUUCUGUCUCCGCGAUCAGCAGUGGAAGAAGAUCCACGCAGAGGAUUUGGUGCCAGGGGACAUCGUCGAAGUUAAGGUUGGCGACAAGGUCCCAGCCGACAUCCGCGUCGUCAAGCAGAAGACUAUAUCGAUAAGGCUCGAGCAGUCCCAGCUCACGGGCGAGUCACAGGCUGUGCUAAAGGACACUGAUGUCGUCCCAGAGGAUUCAGUUAUACAAGGGAAGCACAAUACGCUGUUCGCUUCCACCACCGUCUCAAGCGGAGCUUGCGUCGGCGUUGUUUGCCGAACAGGCAUGCAGACGGAGAUUGGCAACAUCCAGUCCCAAGUGCAGGAAGCAGCCCAGGACGAGGAGCAGACGCCGCUCCAGCAGAAACUGGACGAGUUUGGGAACGUCUUGGCGAAGAUCAUCGGCAUCGUGUGCGUGCUGGUGUGGCUGAUCAACUACAAGAACUUCUUCGACCCGAAGCACGGCUCGGUGCUCCGGGGGUGCAUCUACUACUUCAAGAUCGCUGUGGCGCUGGCCGUGGCGGCCAUCCCCGAGGGCCUGCCCGCCGUCAUCACGACGUGCCUGGCGCUGGGCACGCGCCAGAUGGCGAAGCGCAACGCCAUCGUGCGCAAGCUGCCGUCCGUGGAGACCCUCGGCUGCACCACCGUCAUCUGCUCCGACAAGACGGGCACCCUGACCACCAACGAGAUGUGCGUGGUGAGGCUGUCGCUGCCGGGGGGCGGCGGGGCGAUGCGCACGUGCGAGGUGGAGGGCCACACGUACGCGCCCCUCGGCGAGGUCCGGGGCCUCGCCGUCGACUGGGGCAAGGACGAGGCCCUGAAGGCGUUCUGCCGCACGGGCGCGCUGUGCAACGAGGCGCGCCUGCUGCUCAACGACGAGGGGAGGUUCGUGCGCCACGGCGAGCCGACGGAGGCGGCGAUCCGCGUGCUCGUGGAGAAGCUCGGGUGCCCAGACCAGGCGCUGAACGGCAGGUGUCAUCAGGCCGCCAAGCGGGCGAGGGCGGACGCCAUGGCUUUCUCGGAGUACUGGAGCGCCGGCCUCACGAAGCAGGCCGUCCUCGAGUUCAACCGCGACCGCAAGUCUAUGAGCGUCCUGUACGGGACCGAGGGGGCGGGCAACUCUCUCUACGUCAAGGGCGCUUCGGAGGUGAUGCUGACCCGGUGUUCCACGGUAAUGCUGCCCGACGGCACGGUCGAGGACCUCACCGACGCGUGGCGGGCCACGAUCACGGCGGAGAUCCAGAGCAUGGCGACCAGCGCGCUCCGCACCAUCGCCUUCGCCACCCGAGGCGACCUGGCGGAGCUCAGGACGUACAACGGGCCGUCGCAUCCGGACCACGCGCUGUUGGCCGACCCGUCCAGCUUCGUCAGGCUCGAGAGCGGCAUGACGUUCCUAGGGCUGGUCGGCAUUCUGGACCCGCCCCGGCCGGAGUGCAGGCCCGCCAUCGCUGCCUGCGGCCAGGCCGGCAUCAGCGUGAUCAUGAUCACGGGGGACAACAAGGAUACUGCCGAGGCGAUCUCCAGGAACCUCGGGAUCCUGUCCAGCGGCGGGAGCCACGAGGGCUGCUCCUUCACGGGGAAGGAGUUCGAGGACCUGCCAGAGAAGGAGAAGGAGGCCCUGCUCAGCAGGAUUGUGGCCAAGCGGGGGACAGAGGGCGCCGUGUUUUCGCGCACCGAGCCACGCCACAAGCAGAUGAUCGUGAAGAUCUUGAAGCAGCUUGGGGAGAUAGCAGCCAUGACCGGGGACGGCGUGAACGAUGCCCCUGCCCUGAAACAGGCAGACAUCGGCAUCGCCAUGGGCAUCGCUGGGACCGAGGUGGCCAAAGAGGCCGCGGACAUGGUCCUCGCCGACGACAACUUCUCCAGCAUCGUCGCCGCCGUGGAGGAGGGCAGGUCCAUCUACAACAACAUGAAGGCCUUCAUCCGGUACAUGAUCUCGUCCAACGUGGGCGAGGUGGCCUCCAUCUUCUUCACCGCGGCGAUCGGCAUCCCGGAGGGCCUCUCCUCGGUGCAGUUGCUCUGGGUGAACCUGGUGACGGACGGCCCGCCGGCCACGGCGCUGGGCUUCAACCCCCCGGACCUGGACGUCAUGGACAAGCCGCCGCGUCGCAAGGACGACAGCCUGAUCUCGAACUGGUCCUUCGUCCGGUACGGCGUCGUCGGCUUCUACGUGGGCCUCGCCGUGGUGGGGAUCUUCGUGUACUGGUACUGCUACGACGAGGCUGCCGACGGACACACGCUGGUCACCCUUCCUCAGCUCAUGACCUGGAACCAGUGCGACACCUGGUCCGAUUUCAGGGUUGCCCCCUUCAUGGACAUGAAGUUCGAUGCCAAUCCGUGCUCGUACUUCAAGGCGGGCAAGGUCAAGGCUUCGACACUAUCGUUGACAGUGCUCGUCGUCAUCGAAAUGUUGAAUGCGUUCAACGCCCUUUCAGAGGAUGGCUCUUUGGUUCAGAUGCCGCCGUGGGCGAACCCUUAUCUGAUUGUGGCGUCCUCCUUCUCAAUUUUCGUCCACGUCCUCAUUUUGUACGUCCCUGUCUUGUCGAAGAUAUUCGGUGUGUGCCCCCUUGAUGCGCAUGAUUGGGUUCUUGUGAUGGCGUUUUCCGUGCCCGUGAUCCUCAUCGAUGAGGUGUUGAAGCUCCUCGGGAGGGGCUACAACGCGGCUAGAAAGGAUGGCCUCAAGCUGGACUAGACGAAGCGAAGCCUUCGCUGAAAGUCAUUUUGUACCCUCUACUUCUAUCUGCCUCCCUCUGUCCCUCCGUCCUUCCUCUCCCUCGGGCACUCACAGGGAUGAGUGGGGUGGGGCCACAGCCCCAGCAGGUCGCACGGAACUCUGCCACCAGAAGGUCAAUAUGCCAGGUGUCAGCAACAGGUCGAGUGCUCCGUGCUGGCGGGCUCCAGUUUUGCCAUCUCCCUCGUCCGCAGCGCGGCCUUUGUGCUCACCGUCGCGCCCCGCGGCAGGCACGGAGGAGGAGG